GUAUUAAGAUCGUAUAAAAUUUACUAUCACUGGUUACAAAACGAAUGUCACCUUGUUGAACUAUUUCGAUUUAGCGCAACACGGAAAUUUAAUCUAAAAAUUGCAACCAUUCACUAAACAGAUCUGUAACCCUUGACUUGAAUCAUAUAUGCGUAUCUAAAAUUAAACGAACGUUCGAAUUAAGUUAUUAUUUUUACUUUCAACUUUUUUACACAUUGAACUACGUGUUUGCAACAAGUUUAGAUGGUUGCUAACAUAGUUUCGGAAUCGAUAUUGGAUGACAUAUGGAAGAUAACUGAGCCAGUCUACCUAAAAAUACUAUUCAAAUAUAUGGUGAUUGUCAACUUGUAGUGCUUUAUUACCUUGGAACUGUCCAUUUUCAAUAUGAAUACGAUACAAAAAGACCAACCUGAUCCUGAUGCCAUAAAAAUGUUUGUUGGACAGAUUCCUCGUAACUGGGAUGAAAAUGAUUUAAGAAAACUUUUUGAUGAGUUUGGACCUGUCCAUCAAAUAAAUGUAUUAAGGGACAAAUUGACUGGACAAAGCAGAGGUUGUUGCUUUGUUACUUUUUAUUGCCGUAAAUCUGCUGUGGAAGCGCAAAGUGCUUUACAUAAUAUUAAAACUCUCCCUGGAAAAGAAAACUUUUUGUUGGUAUGCUAUCAAAAAAAUGUUCGGAAAAUGAUGUUAGAAUUAUGUUUUCUGCCUUUGGACAAAUAGAAGAAUGUACUGUCUUGCGAGAUAUUAAUGGACAAAGUAGAGGCUGUGCUUUUAUUACUUAUGCUUCUAGGCAGUGUGCCAUUAAUGCUAUUAAAGCUAUGAACCAUUCUCAGACUAUGGAGGGUUGUAGUAGUCCCUUAGUUGUUAAAUUUGCCGAUACCCAAAAGGAUAAAGAUUUAAAACGACAGCAACAGAUGAUGUCUAACAUCUGGAAUAUGUCAAAUUUUAACAACAUAGGUCUUAGCUCCCAAUAUAUAGCGCAAGCACAAACUGGUGGAUAUGGAAAUUUUACAAGUCUACCUCAACUUACUGGAGGUAUGAACUCUAUAAAUAUGCAGCAACUUGCGGCUUUAGCAGCUGCUCAAUCUCCCAACAAUACCAAUACAGGGUUAAAUGCGUUAGGCUUGCAAGGGAUUGGUGGACAAGGUGGACUAACGCUUAACUCAGGAAACCAUACACCAGAAAUAAAUGCUGCAAAUAUACAGAGCCUGGCUGCCUUAGCUAGUUUAACAUCAAAUAACCCAGUUGGCAUAAACUCUAUGAUGAUGCAAAAUUUAACUGCACUUGCUGCUGCCAGCAGUAGUGCUGGUUCUGCUGGAAUGCAUGGAUUGAGCGCUUCAGGCAACAUGUCAAAUAGUACAUCAAGUGCAAGCUCUCCCAUGAGUGGAGUGGGUUCUGUUAGCCCGGUGACAAGCAUGGCUUUGGGUCUUAAUAACACAUCUAUAUCAAACAUUGGAACAUUUGCUGGAGUCAAUGGUAUUGGCAACAUGACAAGUUUAGCAGCAAAUGGGUCUAAUCUUGAUGCCCUUACACAGGCUUAUUCUGGUAUUCAAGGUAUUCAGCCUUUUGCAGGAAGCUUUCCUCCUGUCAGUAUCCAACAACCUCAAAGUUCUCCUGGUAAGCAACCUGAAGGGCCAGAAGGAGCUAAUUUGUUCAUUUACCACUUGCCUCAAGAGUUUACAGAUUCAGAUUUAGCACAGACCUUUGCACCCUUUGGGAAUGUUAUUUCUGCUAAAGUGUUCAUCGAUAAACAAACAAACCUCAGCAAGUGUUUUGGCUUUGUGAGCUACGACAACCCUAGUAAUGCACAGGCUGCCAUCCAAUCUAUGAAUGGUUUUCAGAUUGGUAUGAAACGGCUAAAAGUGCAACUGAAACGUUCAAAGGACGCUAGCAAGCCAUAUUAAAUGUUAUAUACCGAGCUUGCAUGCAGAUUUCCUACUGCAAAUGUGUGUGUAUAUUCGAAGAAUUUUAUCCUGUCAUUAUUCUUUGUUUAAAAUAUGUGUUACAAAGUAUAUAUUUCUGUUAAAGAAAAAAAAAAUCUAUUGAUAUUAUUCUGAAGCAUGCAUGCAAGUGGCUAAUGUGAAACAAAAAGAAAACUAUAUGAUGAAAAAUUCUCAUUCUGCGUUUUUUCAUAUAAAUAUUUUGUGACUCUCAUUGUUGUAUUCAGUCAUAUCAAAGUCUGUCAUGGGUGAUGUGAAAUUUGUACAUUUUUGUGAUGAUUGAAUGCAUAAAGCGCUGCUGUUUUUUAAAAGGGAAAAAAAAAAUCGAUCUUAAAUUUUUUGUAGUUUAUUCUCGGAGAAGAACUAGUCUUUAAAGUGAAUGUCAUUGUUUUUUAGUGUUUACAAUGGUUGUGAAUUUAUCUUUAGUGUGUGUAAAAGGAAGCUGUAAAAAUAUUUGUUAGUGGAUGAUUUGAAGAAGAAAAAAAAAUGAAUUUCUUGACAAAAAAAAUUUGACAAAGUGCCUCGCCUCUUUUGCAGGUUGCCUCCUUCUUUAUAAAAGAGUAGCUUUCUGUGUAAAGUCUGAUUUUAUAAUAUAGGCACCCCCCUCAUCACUUGUUACUUCUGCCUCACUCCCUGUUAGGCUUCGAGCCUGCCUGCCAACAUUUAGCCAUGACCAUGAAUGCUUCAGAGAUUUGGUUCAUUUAUUGCAUUUUGUUUCAUAGUUGUGUAAAUUUUUUUUUGUGAGUAAAUAAGUUAGUAAAUGUUGUAUGGUAUGUUCGGUUGCUUUGUUAAUUUGUGUGCAGUAUUAUUUUAUCUUAAUGUAGUCUCGUUGGUACUGUUAUAAUUUGUCAAGGAUCACCAAAGAAAAGGUGUUUCCUUCUAUUGAAAAGAGCAUUUUUUCGGGAAUUUAUCGGUAUGUGUAAAAGAGACUUAGUUUUAGCACACAUAUAUCAUUAUUUUAUUUUACCUGAGAAACAAUUUGUAUUCAUACUCUCGUCCAAGUGUACAGUUUCUAAAUCUUGCAAAGUAUAUUUAAAACAAAAAAAUUAUUAUUAAUAAAAUAAAAAAAUAGGAUUGACUGCUCACCGCUAAAUCCGACCAAGAUGCGAUCUCUUCGGUAUCAGAUACAAUUUUAAUCUGUGAGGAAAUUGUCGUGAACUGUCUCUCCUUUAUCUGUGUAGAGUUAUAUCAUUUUUGGAAAAAAAAAAAUGUUUAUAGAAUUAUACUAUUAUUGUGACCCAGUAUUAUAAAAAAAAAAAAGAAGAGACUGCUCAGCAUGAGCUUGAUGUUUUAAGAAUUUGUGGGCUUAACUCUAGUCCAAAUUUGUCAACCGGUUUGUGUUUCUUCAAGAGGGAAACCAAAGAAAAAAAUUUGUAAAGCAUGUAUUUACUAAUAUGUAUGCCUUAUAAUGUGUUUGGCACUAAAAUGAAUUUAUGUACCAGACAAAAUUUGUGUAUCAAUUUAUUGGUGUGAAAAAAAAACAUAGUUUAAAAAAAAGGAAUUUGUCUAAAUGUAGUACUGUGGCUCUAUGUCUUGUCAAUACAGCACAUAUUUUGCAUGGAACCCAUGCUCAGCUCACUGUUCUAAACUGUCCUAUCUGAUGUCUUUUGUCCGCUGCUUUGUGCACGAUCUUAUGUGUGUAAGUUUGUCCGUUUUGUCUCGUGAAUUGCAUCAGAGCUCAUAUUUUAAACAUCACUCUGUGAUUCGUGAUAACUGCUGCCCAACAACAGAAUGUGGGUGCCAAACAAUUAAAUGAAAUGAAAUCAUUGUAAUUCUUAGCAAAAGAAUGUUUUAAAAAAAAAGUUUUUUCAUAAAUCUUUGUUUUUUUUUGUUGUUUUUCUUUUAUCAUGGGUUCUUCAGUGCAUUGUAGCUGUAGAUUAAGUUAUUAUAUUUGAAUUUGUUUUUAUCAAAAAGCAUUUAAAAAAAUCUUUGUUUUGCUGUUUGUUGUUAUGAAAUUUUAACUGUUAUGUCAAAAUAGUGUAAAAAAAAUGAAAGAAAAACGGGUUAGCAGUACAGGAUUUACUAAUGCUGUUGUGUCGCUGUCCACUGUGUCUCUGUGGCUAAUUUUAGCCAUGCCCAGUGCAAGUACCUUUUGUACACAUAGUCCUACUUUUUAAAAAAAAAAAUUACAAUCAAAUUGAUUUUUUUACUUAAUAGUUUUUGCUGUUUAAGUCUUUUACUUGAUGAUAAUUUGUUGUUGUUUUUAAAAGAUAUAUAUAUUUUGGUCAUUUAAUAGCUCUGUGAUAGUAUAGGUGAAGUACUUACUCUUGAAUUUUGAGUUGAGAUUUUCUUUUUUAUUAGUCUGUCAGUUAUUCGUCAAAUACAUGACUGUUGUCUCUGACAACUGACUGACCACCAGUGUGUCAAAUAAAUAUGAAUGGAUUUUCAUGCAUUUGAUGAGCAGUCUUGUAAUGAUGUUUUUUUUUUUUGUUCUUUGUCUGGGUUGUAAAAUUUAUAAAUUAUUUUUAUGUUUUAUUAUUUCGUUGGAUGAAUUAAUUAUGAUUGCAGUCACUUUCUGAUGGGGGCUUAUUCGAGCUGCAAGAAAAUAAUGCUAUCCACUACUGGCUUGAGAACAUAUCGUCAACAAUAUCCAAAUUGCUGCAGCUAUACCUAUUAUUAUAAGAAAUAUUUAUAACAUUUUGUUAACUGAAAAAAAUUUUUAUAAUCUUUUGUUAAACAAAGACUUACAAAUUAUGCUAUGGAGUUUGGGAAAUUUUCAUUAAUAAAACAAAUAAGUAGUUUCUGCU